AUCCUCUCUUUUAAUUUACUACUUCUUCACCAUUCUCUUUAAUUUCUCUCUCAUUUGCCAAAUUGCUCCGAACCAAAUCAUAAGCAACUAUGGUAGCUUUUCGUUUAUUCAUAUCUCUCGUACUUGUCUCCAUCUUAUUCUCUUCUUCUGCUACAAGUUAUUCUGUAGACGAAAUCAAAUUGUGGUGCAACCAAACCCCAAAUCCUCAACCAUGUGAGUAUUUCUUGAGCAACAAUCCCAUUCACAGCCAAAAGAACAUCAAACACAAAGAUGAUUUUCUCAAGCUUUCUCUUCAAGUAGCCCAAGAACGAGCCCUGAAAGGCCAUGCAAAUACUCUUUCUCUAGGAUCUAAGUGUCGUAAUCCUAAUGAAAAAGCUGCAUGGGCUGAUUGCAUUGAGCUUUAUGAGCACACCAUCCAAAGACUCAACAAAACCCUAGACCCCAACACCAAAUGCUCCCAAGAUGAUGCUCAAACAUGGCUCAGCACGGCUCUCACCAACCUCGAGACGUGCCGAGCUGGCUUCUACGAGCUCGGAGUUCAAGACUAUGUGUUGCCUUUGAUGUCCAACAAUGUCACUAAGCUGUUGAGCAACACUUUGGCUCUGAACAAAGCUGAUUACAAAGAGCCAAGUUAUAAAGAAGGGUUCCCAACAUGGGUUAAGCCUGGAGAUAGGAAGUUGUUGCAGUCUUCUUCUUCAUCUUCUCGAGCCAACGUUGUUGUGGCCAAAGAUGGAUCUGGCAAAUACACAAGUAUAAAUGCUGCUAUAAAUGCAGCACCAAAGAGCAGUAGUGGGAGAUAUGUGAUAUAUGUGAAGGCUGGAAUCUACAACGAACAGGUAGAGAUAAAGGCAAAGAAUAUAAUGUUGGUGGGAGAUGGCAUUGGGAAGACUAUAAUCACAGGAAGCAAAAGUGUUGGAGGAGGCACCACAACCUUCCGGUCAGCCACUGUUGCUGUUGUUGGGGAUGGAUUUAUUGCUCAAGGAAUCACAUUUAGAAACACUGCUGGAGCUUCAAAUCACCAAGCUGUUGCCCUGCGUUCAGGUUCAGAUCUAUCAGUUUUCUACAAAUGCAGCUUUGAAGGAUACCAAGACACAUUAUAUGUGCACUCUGAGAGACAAUUCUACAGAGAAUGUAACAUCUAUGGCACUGUGGAUUUCAUCUUUGGAAACGCAGCCGUAGUUUUCCAGAACUGCAACAUUUUCGCUAGAAACCCUCCAAACAAAGUAAACACAAUCACAGCACAGGGCCGAACUGAUCCGAACCAAAACACUGGAAUUUCCAUUCAUAACUGUAGAAUUACGGCUGCUUCAGAGCUAAAAGCAGUCCAGAGCUCUGUGAGGACCUAUCUUGGAAGGCCAUGGAAGCAAUAUUCUCGAACAGUGAUUAUGAAGAGCUUUCUUGAUAGUUUGAUAAACCAGGCUGGUUGGCUGGAAUGGAGUGGUAACUUUGCGUUGAACACUUUAUAUUAUGGGGAGUAUAUGAACACUGGUUCAGGUUCUUCCACUGCAAAUCGAGUUAAGUGGUCAGGUUUCCACGUAAUUACCAGUGCUUCAGAAGCUUCAAAAUUCACCGUUGGGAAUUUCAUAGCCGGCAAUUCAUGGUUGCCAGCCACCAGUGUUCCUUUUACGUCUGGCUUAUAAAUUUACUUUAAUUAGUCUUUCUAUUAUUGCAUGAUAACUACGUACCACACACACACACACACACACACACACACAAUGAUUUAAUUAUCUGGGUGUGUCUUCAUUUCCCCAGUAGGAAAGUAAUGGGGAAAAUUAAUUAAUUAGCAUUUAUAGGGUAAAGUGCUUCAUUGUGUUUUUGUUUUAUUCAUUGUUGAAUUAUUGGUAAUAUAUAUGCAAUAAAUUCAUAUUAAUGUAUUAA